AUGAAGUUUAUGAAACUUGGGACUCGGCUCGACACUUUCUACACAGAGGAAGCGAUUAGGACGGUAUUAUCAGAUGUGCCAAGCGAUCUCACGAUUCGGAUAAACGGGACGACUUACCUUCUCCAUCAGCACGCCCUUCUCCCAAAGUGCGGCCUGUUGCAACGUCUCGUCUCCUCAGCGGAAGAUUCUAGAAGCUUCGCUGCGGACCUGCACGACAUCCCGGGAGGGGAUGAGGCGUUCGAGCUAUGCGCCAAGUUCUGCUACGGGAUCACAAUCGAGCUAAGCGCCAACAAUUUUGUCCCGGCAUUCUGUGCAGCAAGGUUCCUACGGAUGACCGAGUCUUCCCAGAAUGGAAACUUUGUGAAGAAGCUCGAGACCUUUUUCUCGUCGUGCAUUCUCGAGGGAUGGAAGGACUCGGUGCUCACGCUUCGGAACACGGAGGGUGCGUACGAGUGGUGUGAGAAUCUCGGUGUCGUGAGAAGGUGCAUAGAGUCGAUCGUCGACAAGAUCUCGACUCCUCCGGCAAAGGUCACUUGGUCCUACACCUAUACCCGGCCCGGCCACGAGGCCCGCCGCCACUCAUCGGCCCCCAAGGACUGGUGGACCGAGGACAUUGCCCUCCUCAGGCCCGACAUUUUCGAGCGCGUAAUUACGACACUAACCUCGUCGAACGUGAUACUUCCACAGCUCGCCGGUGAGGCCCUACACGUCUACGCGUGCCGCCAUCUUCUCGGGCCCGAAAACGGAAACGCCUCGACUUCUCAAUCCGACACGAUGAAAAUGAAGAAGAAAAUUCUCGAAAUGACCGUGAAUUUGAUCCCGGCCGAGAAAGGGUCCGUCUCUGUUAGGUUCUUGCUGAGGUUGUUGGGCCUGUCGAGGUCCCACGGGAUCAAAUCCCGCGCAGCCCAAGAAGAGCUCAUGCGGCUCUCGGCCCGCCAGCUGGACGAGGCGGGCCCGGACGACUUGCUUCUAGCGGGCCAUGAUACCGAGAUGGUCGUCUCGGUUUUGCGGGCCUACAUGAGGCGGUGGAGGAAACGGGCCGCGGCCGCAGGAGGAGGAGCCGAACGAGAGGCGUUGUUUUGUUCGAUUCGUGGGGUCGGGAAGACGAUCGAUCGGUAUUUGCAAGGUAUUGCAGGGGACAAGGAGUUGCCGGUCGAAAAGGUUGUUCGAGUGAUCGAGAGCUUGCCGGGGCCCGCCAGGCCGGGCCACGACGAGCUCUACAAGGCCAUUGAUAUCUACCUAAAGGAGCAUCCGGACACGAGCAAGACGGACAAGAGACGGUUGUGCGGGAUGCUCGACUGCUGGAAGCUCUCGCCGGAGGCGCGGGCCCAUGCGGUUAGAAACGAGCGCCUACCUCUUCGGACGGUGGUUCAAAUCCUCUUCUCCGAGCACGAGAAAGGCACGAGCAAUAAGAAGCACGCAACCCGAGAGCCAACCGACGAGCGGCGCCAAAAAGCGUCGGCUGCCGCUGAUGAUCUCAGCAAGCUGCAUUUAAGCGUGGAAAAUCGAGCCACGAGGGGCGAAAAUGGAACUUCGGUUUCCGGGACGAGCGGAGGGGUGGCGAAAAGCCGAAUAAAGGAAGUUGGGGGACCAGAAAUUGAGUUGAGAGGUGAGAGCAGUAAAGCUCAAGGGAAGAGGUUUAAUGAAAAGGCACACAACAAAAGGUAA